AUGAGCAGCGAGGAGUUACAAGUAGGGACUCUGGACAAGAAAUCAGUUCCUUUAUCAUUUAUAGGAUUUACCUCACUCUGUGAAACAUAUAGUCAGAAGGCUUCUGAAGCUGAGUCCUGUGGCACAGACAAACUCACCUUCACACUAAAUACUUAUCUGGGGAAAAUAGUCGAAGAUAUUCUUAAACACGGCGGCGAUGUCUUGAAAUUUGCUGGGGACGCGGUACUUGCCUUGUGGAAAUCAGAGGACGAUUCAAACUCAGACGAUCUGACUCUUUUAAUCAACAAAGCUAUUAUUUGCAGUAUGGCAAUUCAAGAAGAAUGCGACAACUACUUGACGGAUGUUGGCGUCCUUCUUCGAGUUAAAAUCGCCCUGUCCGUUGGAAAAAUGCAAAUAACACACAUGGGAGUGGAGGAAAGCAAACACUUCGAUCUCUCCGGGUCAGCGGUUUCGGAUGUAAAUGGCGCAGAGAAGUUGGCGGAGCCUGGUUCGAUAAUCUUGUCACGUUUGGCGUUUUCGAAGUGUGAUCAGUCUUUGUUCUUGUUUGAAGCGAUAGACAACAAAAUGCAUUACAGGGUAGCGGGAGCAAAAGUAGAAGAAGAAUCCGCAACAGUGUCUGGAAUACACCCAACCGGUGUGCGACUAGCAUUGAUGUCUGGCGUACUGUCCACAGGGGCUGUGCUCACUUCAACACCAUCUGUGGCUAAAAGAAUAUUUGCACCUCAUAUUGGUACAGUGCUAUCACGAUACUAUCCACAAAUGAAGCUUCCCAGAGUUUACCGGAAAGGGGGACAGUCGGAACAGAAAGAACAGAUUUGUAAAAUCACCGGAAACCUUUUGAAAAGCGACAGUUAUCAUGAUCCAGAUCAUCGAACUGACAUUUACAGCAAGCUUAAUGAUCAGGAUAUCGAGGAUCUCCGAGCCUAUGUCCCUAAAACUGUGCUUUCACGGAUUGAUCAUGAACAGGAUCUAGAAUGGUUAUCAGAAAUGCGUCAGGUCUCGGUGCUGUUUAUAAAUAUGGACCUGCCCUCAAAAGGAGCGUCUCAUUCCUGGGCCCUUCAAAGAGCUUUUGAGGUCAUUCAUGAAUACGCCAGAAGACUUAGAGGCAAUCUCAACAAAGUCUUCUCUUUCGACAAGGGUUGUACAUUUAUCGUGAUAUUUGGUUUGCCUGGUGAUAAGCACGAGGAUGACCCUGCCAGGGCCCUCGAAGCUGGACACAGUAUAAUGGACAGUCUUCAUCAGAUUAUGGAUGUCACCAAUGAGUCCAUCGGUGUAACGACUGGACGUGCGUUCUGUGGCGUGGUUGGUCACAGGGACAGACACGAGUAUACAGUCAUUAGCCGUAAAGUUAACAUGGCUGCCAGGCUGAUGGUGAAUUAUCCCGGGACCCUUUCCUGUGAUGACGACACUUACCGGUCAGGCAAGUCCAAGUUGAAAAAUGAGGAUUUCGUGGUCUUGCCCUUCAUAAAGUUGAAAGGUGUAGCUGAUCCUGGAACAGUCCGAGAAUACAAUAGACAUCACGACCGAAAAGUAGAAGAAGAGGAAUAUGACUACCCAAUUCUCGGACGAAGCAAAGAGAUAGAGGAGAUGAAAAUGCUUCUUCACGCCAUUAAAUGUGACGAUACCCGCGUGAGUGGCAGCAGGAGAGUCGUGGUGAUCGAAGGUGAAGGAGGAAUUGGCAAAACAAGAUUGCUCGAGGCAUUUAUGGAUAUUGCGGAGGAGAAAGACUUCAAGGUGGACUACGUAGAGGCUGACAUGGCGCAUGCCCAUACUCCUUAUCACGUUGUUAAGACUCUUAUUACAAACCUAUUGGAUCUGGAAGCCUGCCGCACGGCUUAUGAAAAGGAGAAUGCCCUUAUGAAGCACAUUACUGAUCAAAGGUUGCGAGGAAAGAUGUUUCUGUUGAAUGACCUUCUUGGCAUACACAUACCACCAAAUGCUGACUUUGCUCAUAUGGACUCAGAUAAACUAACCGUUCAACUUCAUACCCUUCUGUUUGAAAUUGUCCACCAGUUUGCAGUGAGUCAGCCGUGUCUGUUUACCGUGGACAACGCUCAGUUUAUAGAUCAGGAAUCUUGGGACUUUAUUGAAGAUUUAUCAGCGGAUUCACACGCUAUAUUAGUUCUGUCGCUAUGGCCUUUCUCAUCAUCCAACCCACUGUGCGAGGCAGCAAUUAGAUUGAUUGGACAUGAAGCCACCAACAAAGUUAAACUUGGUGGCCUGCAUGCCUCUUACAUGAGUGACUUAGCCUGUCAGUUUAUGGAUGUCAUGUACAUACCUAAUGAGCUGGACAACAUCUUACGUGAGAAGAGUCAUGGCAUUGCUUCGUGGUGUAAACAGCUCAUUAAAGACAUGUUGACAAGCAAUACCAUACAGGUUGUCAAUGAGAGCCAAGCAUUUCUCAACAAAAAAUCUAGAUUCGACCUACUGUCCUUUGGGAGCUCUACCACAAACGCUAUUUCACGAAAACACAGCAAUGCAUUGGCUGAUUUAUCGCGUCUUAGUAUCCCGUUAUAUGAGCAGGCAAUUGACGGAGGUCGGCUUGGCGCAAGCAGUGCAGAACUUAGACGAGGAAGUCUCCCCCUGAGCAAAGGAUUUGCAUCAAACACCUUAAGCGCUGGUUUUCAAGAUACCGGGGACACCUCGGUGCCCUCUCGGAGGGAUCGAAGAUGGUCGACAAGCGCUGUUAUGAGUGUCCAAUUCAAUUUGUCAAGUAGUCCGCUCGAGAGCAAAACAAAACUGAUUCAAUCAGACCUCGAAUCGAACAGAACAUCCCGUCCAGAUAGUCCUCUUCCUGACGAUGACGCUAUCCAGGAGAACAUUCAUUAUAAUUUAAACAAAGCUAAUUUUGUCAGCGCCUCCGAAAAUUCAAUGCCAUUAGAUUCAAAAAAGGUUUGCAUCUUCAGCCCAGGCGUUGACAUUUCUAAGGUGGUUGUUCCAGAAUCCGUCAAAGAAAUGGUGCUUGCUCGAGUGGAUAGAAUGUUGCCUGAAGAACAAGCCACCUUAAAAUGUGCGAGCAUCUUGGGAUGUGACUUUCACAGAAACGUUCUGCAAGCCAUUUUACCAAGGUCUUCUCGAAGCUGCAUUGAUUUGGUUUUGUACAAUCUUGCUAAAGAGUCUAUUUUGGAGUGCGCAAGCUUAGCUUUACAGCAUCAAAAUGCCCACAAUCAUCACGGAUUCUACGAUUUCAACGAUCCCUUACAUGUGCAACACCAUAGUCAUCAUCACCAUCAUCACCAUCAUCACCAUCACCACAAUGUUGCUAGCUCUAUCCAUGCAUCGGUCUAUUGUGGCUGUUAUGCAGACGAGAUGACUAAAGUGAUAAACUUGUCUCAACUCAUGACGGCAAGUGGUCCCAAGAAGCAUUGUCUGUAUUUGAAAUUUGUGAACACCUACGUGCAAGAGACAACUUACACUCUUUGGCUUGAAGAUCAGAAGAAAGAGGUUCACGAAAGAGCUGCCAUGUUCCUUGAAUCACAGGCUCACAAAUGCAAAUCUUGUGGUGGGGGAGGAUUUGUGGCCAAAACAGCUGAUACUUUGGAAGAACAAAGGGUUCAGGGACAGCGAAAGACAAACGUUCCUUUACCUCCGUCAGGAAGAUCACAACCAGCGGUUUCCUCCAAGAUGGCGAAGCGUAGGAGGGCAGGAGAGAUGAGGGAGAGGGUGCAAAGUCAAGGAGCGUUUUAUUCGCAUACUAAUGAAAGAUCCUCGGACAUCUCUGGGGGAAAACAUGCUUUGAAAAGAAAAAAACUCAAGGAAUCUCUGGUGGUGAACCAGAAAGUUGGAAACGCGGAAGGUAUUGGAAACGCAUUGGCCAGUACUUCAGGGUUUUUCAACAAUGUUGUCGUUGGUCGGGCAGUUGAUGAUCGUAGGAUCAGCUGGUUACAGAGACUUCCCUUCGCUAAAAAAAUUGUGAGCCCUGGAAAAGAAGAUGGAGAGCAAGAUGAGGGUGUCGCAGGGAGGAAAAAAUUAAGACCCUUCUCUGCAAAGAGAAACUUCACUUUGACAGGAGAAGAGGAGGAGAAGGAAGAAGAAGAAGAUGAUGAUACCAGCUUAGAAGAUCCCGUAGAGUCAAAACAGACACUGAUUGACCUUAGCAGCUGUCAGUGUGCCGAGGUGCUUGCCUCGGUCUUCCCCCAGCUUGUAUAUCACUGGAGAGCGGCUGGAAAUAAGCUAAAAACACUGCCUUACCUGAUGGAGUCUGGGGCGGCGGCAUUGGCCGCUUCCUCUAACAUGCAAGCUUUGUCUCAUCUAAGUGAGGUGGAAAACCUCAUUGAAGAGACAAAGGAUCACGAGGAGCCUCUGGCAACUGAAGAAGAAAAGGCUCGUGUGGAGAGUCUUAUUGGUCAGGCAUUGUUUCAUAUGAAUAGACCUCAUGAAGCUCUGACGCAUUUGUCAGCAGCGCUGCUCAUUCUGGGAAAGAAGCAACCCAAGACAGAUUUUGGAUGUUUUUUGAGGCUUUUGAAGGAAGCAUUACGUCAUUAUUUGCACGUGUUUUUACCCGGCUACUACAUAGGAGGAGCGGGCGAUAAAUCAGCUCGACUGAUUGAGCAAUCUCGAUGCUUGAGCCACCUCAGUCACGUGUAUCACUCCCUUCACCUAAGGAAGUGGUCACUGAUGGCCGCUCUUCAGGAAUUGAACGCCGCUGAAGAGGCUGAAGAGAACCUUCACGAGCUUAUCAACGCAUAUGCAGGAGUUGUCGAGUGUUCUCAUCUCGUUGGCUGGAAAAGUUGGGGUAAAACUUAUGAGGAAAUCGGAAAGAACAGAUGCGAAGAUCCGUCUUUGUAUUCGGACCCAGAGGAUAUGAUAACAGUGGCUCAUCUGUACUGCGUUAGCCUCGCUUUCAGACUGGCUAUUGGUGGAGUGUCGAUGGCAAUAAGCUCAGGAAAACACGCUUUUGACCUUCCAAAAAAAGUUCAUGAUCAGCAUAUGAUGACAACCUGUAUUCCUCUACUAGCUCAGAGUCUUCUUUUCACAGCAAAGAUUCCUGAUUGCAUUGAUGUUCUAAAGGAGCUGAACACUGCAGCAUUGGAUUGCUGUGAUUCACAUGGCCGAGCGCUGUAUAUGUGCUGCUGCUUUGAUUUGAUCCUAGAAGCAGGUUGGCGACUGGAAGAGUUUGACAAAAUAGCACAGUUUACGGCAAAGGUGUCUACUGACCCAGCCUUUUCAUCCGAUAUAGUGCCGAAGUUUUACCUGAACGUUUCUCUUGCUCUUUGGUAUGCUCGACGGCGUGACUGGAAGAAUGCCGAUACUCUCAUGUCUUCUACCUCUGCUCUAGUGCCGUACAGGCUUGAGGUAUUUAUGUCAGUGCAUGGCUAUGCUAAAGUUGCAGAGUUUUGGCUGCUUAAGCUUCAGGAGAAUGGUAAAAACCGACGAAAUAAUGAUGAAGUGCAGAAGUGCCUGCGGAAAUUAAAGAAUGCUCUUAACUACCACCCAGUGUUUGAUGGUCGAAGACUUCACCUAUUAGCUUACUACUAUCUCCUUCGGGGAAAAAAGGACAAGUGCAAAGCAAAGCUUCGCAAGUGCUGUAACAAGAGUAAGAAUCUUGGUCUGUGGCUUGAGGUCGAAUGGGCUAACAAGAGUUUUAAGGAAUGGUUCAUCGGCUGGAAGGAUACGGAGGCAACCUAUCAGGGGACAUCCAUGUUCACUUUGCCAAAACCAAAAGAAGAUUGAUUGUUUUACCUUUUACAUGGCGUUUUCCAUGACUUUCAAUAUCGUUAUAAUACAAAAACAUUUGAUUUCACAUUUCAUUCAACUUCACAAGAAAAACGAUGAAAUUGACUUUUUAAGAGUUCAUAAAAAAGGAAAAGUAUGACUAGGACUUUAUGCAAAUACAACUCUUUUACAUUUGCAACUCCUUUGUGAACAAAAGUCGCUAUUUUUAUCGAUUUUCGAUCAAUGUCAUCGAAUGAAAGUGUCAAGGUGCAAGAACUUUCUUCAUUUCUAUCGAAACUAAGUACUACAAAUAAAUAAAAAAGUAUUUACAAACUCA